GGACAAAAUAGCGACGAAGACGGUGCAAGCACGAGGGGUGAUUGCGAGGGGGUGAGAGGCGUGCGGCAGUGGUUACGGACAGCGAACGGCGCGGCGUUAGUAGUAACGGAUAGUAGUCGCGACGACGGAUUGUAGUAACGGGUAGGCUACUCGUGUCGGCUCCGAUUCGGCCGCGACGACGAUCAAUCGAGCCGGCAAAGGGGUGACGCGCGAGGGACACAAUCCCGAGGAUUUUCCCAACUUUUGCGAAAAGGAAAAGCUCCGACGAGCUGGAGCGCGACGAGUGAAGUGGUAGGAAGGAGUAUAGACCUACGUCGAGCGAGCCGCGGGAAAAUCCAGUUCGGGAGAAUCCAGCCUCGAGGAAGAGUUCUCUAUCUAUUGCGAUGUCACGGAGAGACACAACUGUUUUUGGAGAUUUCUAACCAGGGUUCCUGAGACUUGACUCCGAGGAUCGAUCUGGACACAGUCGAGGGCAAGAAUUCCUUGUAUUCCCGACUAUGUGCCGGUGUCUCGCGAGGACCAGAACACCGGGAUCGUCGUCGCCGUCGUCAGUGAUCGAGCGCGACGUCGUCGAGGCUGAGCGCAAGACGUGACUCCGUUUAUACAGCUGGUCUAUCAGUCAAUUCAACUGCAGUGGACGAAGGAGAUCUACAAUGGCUCUAGUAAUGUUACCGUGUGAUCUACCUUGGUGGCCGGCUGUGGUAAAACAACUGGACAAAGCCGCCCUGGCGAAAAAUUCCGAGGACCUAAUAGACGCGAUGCAACGAUUGCAUGACAUGUGCAAUAUAAGCCUCGAUCCCGAGGAGGAUAUGGAAGAUGUCGAUUUAUUCUCUAUAUUGGAGACUUUUCUAAAUAAGGAUCUCGAUCCUGUGGAAAGAGAGCAGGUGUUUACGAAGACAAUACCACGAAUGGUGGAAAGGGCGAAGGAUUUAAAAAACAGUAAACCUCCGCAAGGUUUACAUUUUAGUCUGCAGCAGCAAGGUGAUAGCGUCGAAUACAGUUAUGCCUUUGUCUCCUCCUUAAUCGCAAAUGCGUUCUUCUCAACGUAUCCGAAGAGAACCGCAAAAACGCAUCCCACGUUGCGCGAUUUCAAUUUUACAAACUUCUUCAGACACCUUUACAAAAACGCACAGAAAGCCAAACUCAAAAGUAUCUUUCAUUAUUACAACUAUCUCGAGACGGAACAUGCACUCGAUGGCCGUCUCAUAAUUUCAAGACAGGUGAUGACGUCUAAGCAGUGGUUGACCAUCGAAGAUUGGCUGGAAAGUAAUAUACCUUUGUGUCCGCUGACGAUACGUCACGAGGGUCGAUUGGAAAGAGUCGAAUCGGAAUCCAAAAUGCUGCAAGUUUGCUUCGUGAACGCGAAGAUCGGCGGCGGUGUGCUCGAUGGCGAUGUCACGCAGGAGACUGUACAUGUGGCGACGCAUCCAGAAAUGCUCGCGGCGAUACUAUCUGUCGAGGCCUUAGAAGACAACGAAGUAUUGAUAAUCGAGGGUGUCAGGCAUAUGUCGAGAAUAAAUGAUCCGCGGCACAAGGCAAUAUUCGAGGGUAUCUCACAGCCGAACGUGGUAACGGUCUGCUGCAUAGACCCUGAAGACUAUUCGCGACUGCCGUUGACGCAAUUCGAGGAGGAUAAUAUGUUGAGGGAGAUGAACAAGUCGCUACUGGGAUUUCGUCAAAGACACGUGCCCAGCAGUCCCACGGAUCCGAUCAAGACGGAUUACCCGGACGCGGAGGUCGGCCUAGGCUCCCGCAGAUUGUCGCCGAUCGGCGAGAGUUUCAGCAGCACCCCGCCGGAAACGGAAGGCGAGGACAAGGUCUUCGCGGCGAGCGGUAAUUCCAAGAUAGAUAAGCAGCCUCCGUGUGACGAGUACCACAAAUUAGAGAGCACGACGGAAGUGCGUAGCAGGCCUAACGGUAAAUCGAUGAGACCGCCGAGUCCUCACAAGGUGUGCAAGGACGCGAGCUGUGCGAAUCGAAGAAACAGAUUUAUCGUGCUGGGAUCCAGCGGGGAGGUUCUACCGGUGACGCGACAACUUGGUCAGAUGUCGGUCUACAGCAGCUGCAACAGUCAGAGCACGGACAGUUUUCACAGUGCCAAGGAGACCAUCGACGAGGAACCUGAGGAAGAAGAGCAAAAGCUGAACAAACGUUAUAGCGAGCAAUUAGACACACCCGAGAGAAGAGGGACCUUUGCGCAGAGAUUGAAAGACGCUCUGAAGAGGGAGAGUACGGCGACCGGCGGCAUGACUUCCUCGAACACCUCCUCCGGCGAGAGCAGUUACGCCGUUGGUAUAAGCGUUAGCGGUAGUCACGUCGGCGAUCAAGACAUCAAAAUGCAAUGUUGCAGGGUGAGACGAGGAGGCUCAAGGGGUUUCGUCCUACGGGAUGAAACGGUAGACGAAGAGUUUCUGAAAGAAUCUCUAGAGGCCGAGCAAAAAUGGCUAGGCCGAUUCCGGCAAAGUCAAGGACCUAUGUUUCAAAGGAAAGACACGAGCGCAAGUAGCAAAUAUAGUUUCAGCACCGAAUACAAUUCGGAUUUCUGUUCCGAAUUGGAGGAGGUCUACGAGCAAUUGUCAAAGUGGCUGGAGGAUCCGAUAGUGGCGGACGAGAGCAGGGAACUGGAUGCGAGAGAUCGGGCGGUCGUGCGAUUCGCCGGUUCGCUUCUGAAGCGUGCUCUGAGCGAGUCGUUCGCCGGUGUGCCACUUCAGGAAGGCGAGCCGCAGCCUUUCAUCGAUGCGAACGACGUGAGCCAACAACACAAGCUGGCCUUGGCCGUCAGGAGUCUCAGCUUAGAGCUCGCCCGACAAAAGAACCGACGACAACAAUCAGUGUUUGAGUCCGAAGAUGUAGAUUGCUAUGAAGACGCCUCGAGCGAGAUGGUAAGAGAGACGAAGGACGCCCAACGUAGGAAACUUUGGGCCGUCACGUUCACAUCGGAAGUGUUCCAAACGUUGAUCGAUGAUCAGACGACCGUACGCCUGUCUCCACCGCCCAUGUCCGAGUCGAGCCAAAUGGCAAACGAGCGUGAGACGCGCAAAGCGAGCGUGCUCGGUGUCUCGGAGUUACCGCGAGAGAACAGUCCUCAAGGAGGAGAUUUAUUACCCAUAGCUACAGGAAACUGGGGAUGCGGGACUAGAUUGAAGGGUGAUCCGCAACUGAAGCUCGUAAUUCAGUGGCUCGCUUCUUCCCUGGCAGGAGCACCGAGACUAAUGUACUACACUUCUGGCAAUCCCAGUCUAUCUAAGUUAGAUACCGUAAGCAGAGUUCUGAUGGACCGACGUUGGUCGGUGGGCGACCUUGCUGCUGCGACGUUGAAGUACGCCGGCCAAACGAUCGAAGAACAGGCGGAAGGAAGGAACAGCCUCUUUGAGGAAAUCAUUGGUAUGGACAAACCGAGUCCUUAGCCCGAUUCAAUGCUGUCCGUUCUGGUGGACAUGCUGGCUACCAUGAUCGAGGACAGCUUGAGAGCCUAAUAUACAAACAUGUUUUCCCGUGGAAGGAAUAUACAAGUAUACAAAAGAAAAGAGAAAAGAAUAAACGGGUACAUAACUUAAAUAGAGUUUAAACGCGCAAGAUCGAGAACUAAUUGUAAUUCGUAUAAGCGUAGUCUUGGUAGGUGAAACGUAUUAUACGAGUUUUAUUUCAGCGAAUCGAAAGAUCGAUUCUGGUUUCUAGUUUUCGUUCAAAAUUACUCUCAUCUAGCAUAUCAAAAUGAUAUCAGUGAAACUCGCACAAUUCGUUGUACAAGGCAAUAUAUCAAAUACAGAGGGAGAAAUAUAUAGUCGCUGCGAUAUUUUGUAGUCUGUAGAGUAUCACAUGCUGUCUGAUCAGAUUGCAUUAUAAGAAUCACUCGCUACAUUUCCAAGAAUGAGAAAAAAAUUAGCGUGAUAUACUAGAAGUUCAGUUAUGUCAUUAAUGAUAUAUUGUUAUAAGACAGCGUGAGAAAUUCUUUACAACUUCACGGUCUAGUCAUGUCUGGAUGUCAAUUCUGGUUUUACUUUUACGAAACGAGUAACUGCUUGGUGAAGUAUACAGUGUACAAUUACAUGCAAUAACUAAUGAGGCACAAUAUACUAUAUAUUUUGUACAAUAAUAUUUUUAAGUCGCGUUCUAUAAUUUAAGUCGGAGUAUAUAUAUAUAUGUAAUAUGUGAAUAGAUUUUUAGAGGAAAACUUUUAGUAUUUUAUAAAAUAUUAAUAUAGAUCACACAUUUUUUUAUAAAAAUGAACUUACAUAUAUAUAUGUCGCUGCUAUGAAAUCAUAAAUUCGAUACAGAGUGGGUAUAUGGCCUACAAAGAAAAAGAUAUGCUUUGUAGUAUGUAAAUCAAUUAAAAUGAGGUCUUCCAUUAUUAAAACGAAA